CCCCCGGCGCCCGCGGCCGGCGCGGCCGUGCGGCGCUAACGGGCACCGGCAGUGGCAGCGUCGCCGUCAUGGGUUGGGGAGCUCGCCUGGGCCUCCUGGGCGGCCUGGCCCUGUGGACGCAGCGGCAGAAGGCGGCGGCGGCGGCCCAGGAGCGGCGGGACCUGGAGCUGAAGCUGGUGCAGGUGGUCUUCCGGCACGGAGCGCGCACCCCGCUGCGGCCGCUGCCGGGGCCGGAGCCGGUGGAAUGGCUUCCUGCUCUUUUAGAUGUACCUGCUCAGACCAAGUUUGAUUACAUGGUGACUGACCUAAAUGGAGGGCCCCAACCUCCCUCACCCUUUGAUGAGCAAUACAAAAAGAUUACAUUCAAGGGUGGUGCAAUUGCUGGACAGCUGACAACACUGGGGAUGCAGCAGAUGUUUGCCCUAGGGCAAAGGCUAAGAAAGAGCUACAUGGAAGAAGCCAACUUUCUCUCACCAACAUUUAAGCCUGCUGAGGUCUUCAUCCGUUCCACUAACAUCUUCCGGAACCUGGAGUCGACGCGGUGCCUGCUAGCUGGGCUGUACCAACAGCAGAAAGAAGGAUCCGUUGUUAUUGUCACAGAUGAAGCAAGCUCUGAAAUACUCUACCCCAAUUACCACAACUGCCAGCGCCUGAAAUGCUUGAGCAGGCAUAAGUUGAAGAGUGCUCUGCAGCAGCCAGGUAUCUCGGAUGACUUGAAAACCAUUAAGGAGAAGAUGGGCAUUGGUGGUGAAAAGGCUGUAGACUUCUUUGUCCUCUUUGAUAACAUUGCUGCUGAGCAGGUGCACAAUUUGCCAAGCUGCCCUGUGCUGAAGGACUUUGAGCAGACAGUUGAGCGCCGAUCUGUUGAGUCGCUGCUUUUCGUGCUGGAAGACAGUUCAAGGGAAGUCCUGCAGAUGAGUGUGGGUCUCCUUUUCAAUACCUUACAGAAGAACAUCACAGAAGCAGUAGAGUCCUCCUCUCCAGCUCAAAAGGCCAGAAAGCUCAUUCUCUAUGCUGCUCACGACACCACCCUUUUCCCUCUGCUGGUGGCUCUGGGCACCUUUGAUCACAAGUGGCCGUGCUACGCCGCAGACGUGGCGCUGGAGCUGUACCAGCAUCGGCACUCCAAGCAGUGGUUUGUUCGUAUGCUGUACCGUGGGGAGGAGCAAGUGGUGAAAGGCUGCAGAGGAGGCCUCUGUCCACUCAAAGAAUUUCUAGGAGUUCUUUCACAGUACUCUCUCAGUCCAGAGGAAUACAGAAAUCUCUGCUCUCAGGUGGAGGACGAUCAGCAAAGUGACUCAUGAUUUAAGUUGUCUUAAAUUAAAAUCAGUUUGUCACAAUCUUUGACCAUUUUUCUUCACAUUCCUGCCAGCCUUCUCUACUGGAAAGGUAUUUUAGAUGAGGAGACUUUUCCCUACCAGGCACAGGGCGACACAGUGUCACUUUUCACUAUUAGCAGCAAGAUGAAAGAAGCCAAGGAACAGAACAGCUUAAGUUCGCUCCUGAGGUAGCCACACAAAAGCACAGAGGCUGAAAACAGCAUGGGAGAGAACAGACCUUUAAAUUGCCCUGCUGCUUCAGGAAUUCAGAAACCCAAACCAAACCACUACACACCUGUUCCUGGAUGCUGAGGCUGUGGGAUGAAGCCCAGCUUGCUCCGUGCAACUGGACUGGGCAGCUUGGACAGAACAAUUGCUUUUAUCUGUGGUGAGCUGCAGAAGCCUCUCCCUUUCUUUUGCCAUGGAGAGAUGCUCUGUAGACAGAUGAACCUCCCAAAUUGCAUAGCAUUUAGCCACUCCUUCACGUGGGCGUUUUUGUGCACACAGAACCUCUCCAAAACGACAGAAAGCCUCCAAACCUCUUCCCUGCACUCCUGCAAUUAUGGAACUUCUGCUGCAAACAAGCAAAACAACCACAGUGGGCCUAGGACAAGAACAUGCACUCUUGAUGAACUCUGCUUAAUGUGCUUUAAACAACAAAGUCCAGGGAGCUGCUACUGACUUCAGCUUUGGGCUGCACUGGAUCUAUUUUAGACUUGCUGAAGCAGGAAUACCACAGCAGAGCCAACAGAAGUACUUCUAGCUGAGAUGAAACUGCUUAUAAGACACUACUAAGAAUCACAGAAUCAAUGUCAGGGGCUGGGGCCUCAAAAGAUCAUCUAGUCCAUCCCCCCUGCCACAGCAAAAUCACCUGUACCAGGUCACACAGAGAGGGAGACUGAGCUGCCCUGGGCAGCCUGUUCCAGUGAAAAAAAUUCCUCCUCCUGUUUAAAUGAAAAUUCCUCUGCCUCAGCUUCCACCCACUGCCCCUUGUCCUUUCAUCAGGUAUCACCCAGCAGAGCCUGGAUUCAGCCUCCUGGCUGCAUAUUUAUAACCACUCACCAGUGGUCACCUCUCAGUCUCCUCCAAGCUAAAGAGCCCCAACUCCCUCAGGCUCUCCUUGUCACUGUGUUGUAAAAACCCCAUUUUUCAAUCAAUAAAUGAAACUUGGGUCCAGA